AUGGAUUUUGGCAACAAGUACUAUUCCCGAGGCUAUGAGAGGGAAGUGACCCCAGAUGUGUCCAUUUUGGACGAGACACCGUCAGCCUAUACUGGCCGUGUUAUCUCGUAUCCUAACAAGACUGUAGAGACCAGAGGAUUUAUCGGAGAGAAAAUCGUGAUGCAAUGUAAUGUGUUUAACAUGCCAAGAGAUGCGAGGAUCAUUUGGAGAAGAGAAAGUUUUCAAGGUGGACAUAUAGCGGAAGUAAUAAACGAUGGUUUAAUGUCCCGGGAUAUGUCACGAUGGAAGAUUGGACAGGGAAAACAACAAGAUUCAGUAAGAUUGGAAAUUUUAUCACUGGACGAGACCUACGAGGGAUUGUACACAUGCGAGUGUCAAUAUACUGGAUCGGUGGAACCAGCAAGAAUUCAACGAGUCCUUCGUGUAUUUGAAAAAUCCAAUACAGAUCCAGUGGACUCAAAUUUCGCAAUCAAGCGUGUAAUGGUCGACAUGGUGAAAGAAUCUUUGAUGAGACCAUGUUUGGUUUUGCAACCACGAACAAAACCGGUGAUCGUAACCCACAGGUCUUCGUAUGAUACCGAUGCGAACGUGAACGAUAACGUGGUCUUGCAGUGUGCGGCCGAAGGCAUACCCACACCGUACAUAUACUGGCAGCGUACAGGAGGACAGAGCAGUAUCAUUCGAAACUAUGGAACCUUGAAAAGCGGGAAUGAGAUCCGUUUCGAUGCAGUGCAAGCCGAUGACGCCGGCGAGUAUGUCUGUUUUGCUGAAAACUCUAUGGGGCAAGCCCUGUGGCGAGUUCAGCUCAGAGUUCGCCAUCCACCUAUGGUGCGAAUCUAUCCGUUUGAACCGAGUCAGCUGGUCAACUGCAACCUGAGACUCGUGUGCACCAUAUCUGCAAACCCUCCGGUUCUAGAACCCGCCGUCUUUUGGACAUCAAACAGGACUGGGAGCAUAACCGCCGACACUCCGAGAACAAGAAUUCAGUACCUUAAUGCUGGAUUGAUGAGACACUCGGUUCUCGACCUACUCCCAGUCACAUCAGCUGAUUUUGGGCAAAUGCUCACCUGCUCAGCAACCAAUAGUCUUGGAGAAUCUUCAUCUUCUGUGGUAAUUCAGCAGUCUCCAACAGAAGUCCGUCUCGUCAAUGGACGUCAUGCUUGCAACCGUGGGACAAAAUGGACCAUGAUCAACAUGAAGCUGCUGCUCCCCGUAAUUUUCAUUGCCCUAGACAGGCUGGUAUUUUACUCGCACGUGUAACUAUCAAACGAUUCAUUUGUACGAAUUGUAUUGAAUCAAUUAGCU